AUGGCCGAGGAAGCUGUGAUUUUCCCUGACCAGCCUCUGUUCAUGGUGGAUCGUGGAUGGCAGCGACGCAAGAAGAGAGCGGGAAAAGACUUGCCACGGGCCGAGUACGAACGAGAACUUCAACUUCAACCAGCGCGUGUUCCAGAAGUUACCAUCACUGUCGCCAAAGCACCUAGUAGUGCGGGAUCCACGUCACAAUCCACCAAGGAGAAUGGCCUGAAACCAGCAAAAGGCACUGCGGCACAGCCUGUGCACACACAGUUCAUGAAUUAUGAGCCUUCCCUGCCUAAGAAAAAGCAACAGCACGGAAAGAAAGAGCGCGCUCUGCCUAGAACCUCCAGCGCUGGCGUACAACUUUGCAAUGAUACAACAAUGGGGCCAAGGGGAACCCCCCAGGGUUCACUCACUCUCAAGCAGUCGCUUGCUGGAACCUCGACAGCUCUUUUCUCGGUUCUAGAUCCUGAAGUCAGCUCUUUCCAAGGGCGAACCCCUGCUGAUAACCUACGAGAUCCUACCCAGCUUGCUAGUUCAAUGUACCCGAUCACCAAGGCAGUGGCCCUCACCCAUAAUCCAGUUGAGACAUUCUGGUUCCCCGCUAUCGUCAGAGACGAGGUCUCUCUGCACGCGAUGUUAUUUUCUUGCGCCAUGCACUACUUUCUCGGUUCUGGACAACUGACCUUCAGAGAUUCAGACCUCUUGAUGAAAGCGAUCCUCAGUCGACUAAACCGUAGGCUACAUGAGGAGAAGUACUCGGACCUGACCAUUGGGGCUGUAUCGUGCUUGGCUCUUUGCGAGAACCAGCUGGGCAACCAUCCGAAAUGGAAAAUGCAUGCGGCGGGCAUGUCUGAGAUGGUGCGCGCAAGGGGCGGGUUUCAGACUGUCCAAGAUGUGCUGCACAUGAAGAUCUACAGAGCGGAUACAAUUGGUGCUGCUGACACGCUUACCCAUCCUAACUUUCCACGCCCGGCAAGAACGUCGGAGAGUCUGUUCGCGAUAUUGGCGAUCGAGCCGCCGCCCACUCCUAUAAAGGAACUACUUGUGGAUCUCGGCUUGACGCAGACCGUGUUGAAUGUACUUGUGGAACUAUCACACCUUUGCCACGCUUUGAACCAAGCCGCGGAGACGCGAAUUCUCGUCGAUCCUACGGCGUUUGAUGAAGACAUUACAUGCAUCCAGCACGACCUGUUGAGAUCUAUCUCUCCGGAGCAGGAAGGUGCUGAGCGACUUUGCGUAAUCACGGCGCUUAUCUUCAUUCAGACUCUGACCCGGGAGGUGCCAUUCACGAGACUGUGCUCCAGCCACAUCUCGAAGCAACUGAAAGAGGCGCUACCCACCCUCGACGCCAGCAAAGCACCUGCCCGACUCAUAUACUGGAUGCUGUUUAUGGGAGGCCUGGUUUCAAAGGACACGAACGAGAACGUCUGGUUCCGGAAAAGGCUGAGGGAACUCCACCAGUUACGGGAUGAUCUGCUGGAGUGGGAAAGCGUGAAAGCCCAGCUACAGAAGGUUUUCUGGGUCGGCGCUAUGCAAGAGUCAUUCGGGCUCGAACUCUGGCACGACAUCGGUCCCUCGCGUCAAACAGCUUCUCAGUGA